AUGGAGACGUCCAAGAAAGAGACACGAUUACUACGUUCGCUGAAUAAAUUUAUUGCAUUGAUAAGCAGCACGGAGAAUUCGCAAACUUCACAGCCUAACUUUCGCUUAAUAUCGAACUUUCUCCGUUUAAACUUACUGUCCUAUCUGCGGCAAUACCAACAACCAGAUAUAGCUGCUGAAUCCUCCUUCGAGAAUGAACGAGACUUACUCGUCCAGUGGUGGAUUACUUUGCUCAAUUACUUAAAUAGUGACCUCAAUGAUAAUAUGGAUGGGCAAGAGAAAAUUCAACUCAGCACAGAGGUUAUUUCUGUCUCCCUAGAGUGUGUCAGUCGAAUAUUAGCCGUCAUUAUGGUGUAUCCAGGAGACCAUGACAAUUACACGCGAGAUUUGGAUAUUUACGGCUAUCAUUUACUGCUAACAGUGCACUAUGUUACAAACCGAUUGAUUGCAAAUACCAAGCGAAGAAGAAGCCUCAAUGGUAUUUCCAAGAACCCGAAGGUGAAAGGUGCACUAACUUAUAUCAACUCGUACAAUUCCUUACUUACCGCAUUCAUGGGUAAGUUGAUGGCCUUUGCAUUCUUCUACUUAGAUCCUGCUCUGAAGUAUGAUUUCUAUGUUUUACGGAGUUUUGAGCCUACUGCAUCAUCAAAAGCUACUACAUAUGAGGCAUUUCCCUGGAAAACGCAAGGGUUCUUUCUCGUCAAAGACCAGGUGGACGACGCGAGAUCUUUUGUGCCUGAUCAAAAUAGGAAGAUAUUUCAGGUUAUGAUUUCCUACUUGCAAAAUGAUAGCAUAUUUCUUACCUUUUAUUGGCAUUACUGGUACAUCACACUCAAGCUACUAUCGUGCCAACACUAUCAAGUAAUUGACCCUAAAAGUGUUCCAGGUCUGGAGUUAAUACUUCGACGUGUUUCGAGGUUUUUUGAUAGCGAUAUGCAUGUGUUCAGGCGCUAUAUGAAAUCACAGGAGCGUGAUACUUUAUUGUUGACGAAACCACAUGCGGGUCAUUCUGGACCAUUAUCCAGUGAGCAACUUAACAAUUUUGUUUUCGUAAAUUUCAAGACGAUAAAAUUGUGGGAAUGUGUAAGAAGCGUUGUGGGUUGUCUCAAUGAUCAGAUGCCAUACCUUUUAGGCUCUCUAAUUUCACUACAUGAUGACCUGCAGCUACAACAAGUCGGUAAAAUUCCAGCUUAUGAUUCCGUAAUGGCUAAUUUGAUCUACAACAAAAUCCUACAAUUCAUAAUAUUCCAGUUUGACACGACGUACCCCAAGUAUCUUGACAAAUUACAUUGGGAUAGGUGGUGUACAGGAAUUAUCAAUAUGUUAAAAACUUUGAAUUUUAAUUGCCAAAGUGUGGGGUUACUGUGCUUAUUCAACGUUUGGAAAAACAUUCCAUUUACGGGUGGGUUGAAAUCUAAAAUAAUACAUGUAUUGAUGGAAGAUUUGUGGGAUGUGCUGGUAACCGAAAAUUAUUUUGACAUAGUUAAAGUGCUAUUUUUUAAGCUAGUCGUAUUUCAAAUGCUAUCUGAUCCGUUUGACUGCGAUGGCAUAUCUAGUACGCUAGUCCAUAAAAAGAUGGAAAACGUUUAUCAACAGGCCUUGUCUUUGAGUGAAUAUGCGAACCAGGAAGGUGUCCCAAAUAACUCUAAAGAUGCUUUAGUGUUUCAAGUCAAUAAAAAGCUGGCUAUUUGCAAGCCAGAGCAUGUCGAUGAAGAAACUCUGAUUUAUGAUAGUGACGAUAAAAAUAAAGAAAACAAAAACAGUAUUUUGUUCCCCCGCAUGAUAGCGCUCUCAAUUUUGCGCCCUAGCAUUGUUCUGCAUCGCGGCCAAUACCCCUUUGACGUUUUUGAUGAAAUGGUAUUGAAGGCAGCAAAAGCCGCAGCUUUGAAAAGAAAAGAGAGAAAACUGGAGCUGAGUUCCACUCGAAAUUUCUCAGUUACAAGCAACAUAAGCACUCCAGACAGUGAAAGCUCACACGACAGUAUCGAAGAAGAGAGUCAAAAAGGGACCAUCACCAAUGCACUUGAAGCUUUCUUUUCCAAACUUGGCGGCUCAAGUUCUAAAUCCCAAAACGACUCGAAAAAGAAUGCAACAGAACGAAUUUCUCGAGGAAGCUUCAGUAUAAAGCACCGAAAUAGCGUCACUUCAUCAAUAACAUCGAGUUCUCGUGGGGAUUCGGAGUCCGUUGAAGUACUGUCAAUGUACUCGACAAUAUCGACUACUUCUUCUGUUUCCACGAGUCGAAGUGGGUCUUCUUUGGACCUUUUCAAUCAUCAAUCACAAGUAACGCCUAAUCUACCAAAUCAAAGGACUAGCCAGGCGCGCGAUGAUAUCGCUAAGCCAGCAUCGCGCUAUCAGCAGCAGAAGAAGCGAAAACUUUUAGCUCCUCCUGAGCUUAAGUUUUCCGCGGACAAAAGUGAUAAACAAAACAUUUCAUGUAUAUUCCGAUUGAUCAACGUUCCUGUAUCAUCUCCUUCUAGUUUGACAAAUUUAUGUGCAGCCAAUAACAAAUGGGGCGUAGUAUCAGCUCAGAAUUAUGACAAGCCCCUUCCAUUGCCCGGUGAUUUAGAAAAUAAUUCUACCGACAAACUUAGGUUGGAACCAUUUGAUACUAUCGGCAGCGAUCAAUUGCAUUUAUCAUCAACACAAACAUGCUUAUCUCAGAGACCUUUGUCGCAGCCACUGCCGCAAUUAACUCCAAAGAUAGUUCCAAGACCAAACUUUCUGAUAUUCUCUCCGAGCUGUCGACGUUCAGACGAUUUUGAUGAGAGGUUGACGUUGAAAAAACUCUCUCUAGCUGAAGAUACAAUAAGUCUACAAGCAGCCAGUGAGGAUAUGAACUGGAAUACCUGCGAAAGUCUCACUCAAAGGAGUAUGAAAACUUUAGAAAAGUCAGACUCACAGACAAUAAAUCAAAUCCAAAAAAGUAAUGUGACCAUGAUGUGCGAGAAUACCAAGUUCACAAGAUUGAUAAAUGUCAUUGAUAUAUUUAACAGAACCGUAGAAGAAUGGUACGAAUAUCUUGACACCCUUUAUAUCGAUCGGGAGGGCUCGGCCUUUAUGGAGUGUGAUAUAAUCCUCAGCAGGGGAUCUCAUAUCAACAUGAAAAACAAUUUCAACGCAAAGGCAGAAUAUUUGUGA